AUGCCUCGAAAAGGGCAGCAAAAAGUUCGUACUGGGUGCCGAACCUGCAAGAUUCGAAAGAUCAAAUGUGAUGAGUUCCAUCCAGCGUGCCUGAAAUGCAGAUCCACUGGCAGAAAUUGUGACGGCUACGAAGUUCCACCACCAGGAUCCUACUCGUGGGAAGAGCUACUAUUGCGGUCGAAACCAGUGCCCCAGAGCGUCUCAAGUGCGAGCUUUGCUAAUCUGCGUGGAUUGACUUUCUUCAGUCGAAUCGUUGCACCUGAACUCAACGGACCUCUCAAUAGCUCAUUUUGGACCCAGGACGUGCCCCAAGCAGCAUACAGCGAGCCAGCGGUGGGCCAUGCGGUUCUAGCAAUCAGUUCCCUCUAUGAAAGUUUUGUGGUUCAAAGAUCAUCAUGCACGAUAGAGUCAACGCUCAGCAACGAUGCGAUCCGCCACUAUAAUUCAGCCAUUAAAUGUCUAACGACACCUGGCCCUGUGAGUAUCGACACAGUGCUACUCACCUGCAUUCUAUUUGUGUGCGCCGAAUUCCUUUGCGGUAACGCGCAGGCUGCUAUCACCCAUGUCACUCACGGAUUCUCCUUGAUAGACACUUCAGUAACUGACUCGGACGUUCUGUCUAUGCUUCGCCAUCUUGCAAUCUUCCCUCACUUUUUCAGUCACGAUAUUCCCAACAUCCCCUUGCCUUACUAUGGCGACUGGCCGAAAAUUGAUGGAGCGUUGAAGUCACUGUCUUAUGCUCAAGAGUCUCUCGACUCAUUGUCGUGCCACAUUGUGAGGCUGGUUCGGAUGGCCGAUCGUCAUCGCCUUGGGAUGGGACCCGAAUUGCAAUCUUUCGAAUGUGCCAUGUUGAAGCAGAAGGCGCUAGAGCAAGACCUCGAAAAUUGGCGAUCUGCAUUUAAUACCCUACGAAGAAACCUACGGCCUCGAUCAAAGCACGAACUUUGCUUGUUGCUGCUGGAAAUGCGGUGGCUCGUCGCAAGAAUCUGGACAUCCACUUGCAUAUCCCCGGAUGAAAUGAUAUUUGAUGAUCAUCGUGAGAGCUUUUAUCGCAUCGUUGAGCUGGCAAGUCAGGCAAAGACGCAAAGAAACCUCGCCGGCAGUGCACGAGGUAAAUUUUCAUUUACGAUGGGCUUCUCUCCUCUACUCCAUUUUGUCGUCCUUAAGUGCCGCUACCUGAAGCUGAGGCUUACGGCACUAACGUUGAUGUGGGAUUUAUCUUGCUCGCGAGAGUCGCUGUGGGAUUAUGCAACAAUGUACGCCAUAGGCACAAGAAUUAUCGAAAAGGAGCACGGGAUACCAGUGUUGUCGCCAGAAAAGAUUACAGAGGUUCGAGGGUGCCUAAGUGAUCAACAAGCACUGCCUAGGGAUUGGCAGCGUGUUCGAGAUAGCGCACUAGAGCCAGACACAAAACUAUUUACAGACGAUCAUGGUACCAAGAUAUGGAGGACUAAAAUUCGGUUUCUGGUAAAACCUGGAAGUGGCCCUGUGCAAGCCAUCUACGAUUGGGUGUAA